AUGACCACCGAGCCCACCGAGACGGAGGCUCUCCUCAAGAAGGAGGCCUCCCCGUCCCCCGAACCCGCCGCGAAGAGCGCCCGCGUCGGCGGAUACGUCAAGGCGGGUCUCGCGCUCGCCGGCGUCAUCGGCGUCUGCGCGCUCGGCGCGGCAUUCCAGGGCGACCUUCGCGUCGCGUACCGGAUGGCCGCGGGCGACCGUACCGCGUCGCUCGCGGGCCACGCGGGGUCCACGCACCGCUACAUCAGCCACAGCAACAGGCCCGGCGGGUUGUUCAACACGUGCGAGGGCAAGUGCCCCGCGGUGAGCGUCGACUUUGACGCGGUGGGUAACGAACCCGGGCACGCGGCCGAUCGAAAGGCGCACCUCUACGUCAUCGGGGACACCACCGACAGGCUGUGGCACGACGGCUUCUGCAACGACAUGCUCACCUCCACGGAGCGAUGCCCGUACCGCUGCGCCGUGCCGGAACCCGCGGCGCUCCCCGGAAAUGUCGUCCCGUACAUGUGCGACGACCCGGCGUCGGACACCUGCGCCGCGGAGAUCGCCGCGGUGGACCGAUGCUGCGAGAGCAAGUGGAUGCCCAACGGCGCCAAGGCGUACCAGUGCUGCGUCACCACCGCGCAGGCCACCACCGCCACCGCGUGCAGGCCCAGGCGGUACGCCACGGGCGGCGGUACCGCGGGCUUCCUCCACGUCCUCGGCGCCGCACCCGAAGGCGUCCUCGGCGAUUCGUACUUUAGCGCGAGGGAUUCCACCGAUCCGCCUCCGCUCGGGUCGUUCCAAUCGUACGCAUCGCCGGACGCCACGCGCGACCGCAUCGCGCGCGGACUCCGGGCGUUCGUUCGCUGGAACCUGAGGGACGGCGCGCAACCCCGACCGAUCGUCACGUCCAUCCAAUCCAACGCGCAGGAGACGUGGAGGGAAGCGGCGGGACGAGCGCGGCUCGUGGCGAGAGAGGUUGGUGAGACUCGCGACGGCGACGACGUCAACGUCUUCGCGAGCAAGUCCGAGGAGGAUGCCUUCGUCGCGUCGUACGCCGACGGGUUACGUGCGGCGAUCAGGCAGGUGCGCAACAUCCUCGACGAGGAGAACGUCGGCGAGGAAAAGGAGUGGGAGAGCGGGCCAUUGGAGGAGCUUCCGAUGGCGGGUGACAACGCGCGCCUCGCCGCCGUCGGCUACCAGCCCAGUUCGUCCCGGGAGGCUGUAACGGCCGUAACGGCCACCCAGCAGCAGCAGCCGGCUACCCAACAGAUCGCCGUCGCCCCGCACGUGGAUAAGGUACCCGCGCCCGGCGAACCGAUCGUGCUCGUGUCCCCGGAGGAUCCGGCGAUGUCGCAAGCUGAACGCGACGCGGCGGCCAAGAAACUCGAGGAGGAUACUAAAUACUGGGCCGAGCUCCAGCGCUCCGCGGACGCCGCCAUGGAUCCCGCGUCCAGGCACAUCCUCCGCGGCGCCGUGGGCGAGCGAGCGCCGGGGGAUCCCGUCUCCGCCGCGGCGGCCAACGCCGCCGCCGCCGCCGCCGCGUACGCCGCGGCGAACGCGGGCGCCGCCGCUUCGCUGGGCGCCAUACCCACCGAGCUCAUGCGAUCCAACGGGAACAUGGGUUCCGACACGGACAUCAGGGCGGAGAGGAUCGUGCUCAACCCCGGCGCGGAUGCGGAUGCCAUGCAGCGCGCGUUCGCCAACGUGGAGAAGGCGGAGCAGGCGAGGCUCGCGGGUCACUACGUCGGCACUCGCGGCGACGAGGACGACGACGCGGCAUCGGAUGCUUCGGCGGCGGGCGCGGGCGCGUCCGCAUCCGGCGCGGGCCAGAGCGCCGCCGCGCCCGCGCCCCACGUCGCCGUCGGCAACAGCGGCAGCGACUGCGUCGUGCUUCGCACCGCCGACGCCAAGGAGGCUGGCCCGACCACGAUCGGCGUGCCGAGCUCGAUGAGGGAGAGCGUGGAGCGACUGAGGCGAAGGCUGAACGACGCGACGGUUGGCGUCGGCGAGGAGAUGAACGUGCCGGUGUACCGGUGGGACGAGCGCAACGAGGGGCGCGUCAUACCGGGGCUCGGGCAGUACAUGGAGGAUGGGCAUCACCAGACGUUCGCGUCGUCCAUGGCGCACGUGAGGCUGUUCAAGCAGUUUGUCGGCGAGAAGCUUCCCGCGCACUGCCGCCUGGCGUGAGCGACUGUACAUGAGUGUUACGCGUUUGACAAAAGUCGCGCGAGUAAGUAGCAUAUUAAGACGGGCACCUCGCCCGCGAUGGAAACGCAUCUACUGUAUUGAUUAAAC